AUGGAAACUAAUGGAUGUUGCAAAUUGCGUAAGCGGCGAGUGUUGGUAACAGGUGGUGCAGGCUACUUGGGGUCAACAAUGGUGCCCAUGCUGCUCCAACGUGGUCAUCACGUGGUUGUCUUCGACAAGUUCAUGUGGGGAGCUUUCCCCCUUUUGCCUCAUGCAGCGAACCCACAUUUGGAGAUUGUCAGGGGAGACAUUCUGGACAGGAACCUCUUGACGAAACACAUGGAGGACUGUGACGUUAUAAUCCAUCUCGCCGCCAUUGUUGGAUACCCUGCCUGUGAAAAAUUUCAUGAUGAGGCCAUCCAGGUAAGUGAUCUGGAACGAGAAUUUUUCCAUGAGAUUCAAAUUUAAUUUGGAGUUUCUUGGGCUUCUCCUCACUUCGUUUAUAGGUUGAUUUAAAAAAGAAAACUGGCACCAUUUCCCCCAUUAAUCAAGUGCAAAACUAAAAGCAGACAUGACUAGACUAGGCUAGGCUAAACAAAUCGAGGCUUGGGCGACUAGACUAGACUAGUUUUGAUGAGAUUAGACCGGGUUAGACUGGACUAGGCCUGACUAACAGGCAAGAAUUAGAUUAGACUAGUCUGAACGAGAUUAGGCUAGGCUAGAUUAAACUGCCUAGACAAGUUUAAGCAAGACUUCUCUGGACUGGAUUAGACUUAGUAGUUUGGUAGUAUCAACUCUGUAGAUAACGUAAAGCGCACGUUUCGAGUGUUAGCCCUUCCGCCAGAGCUUCGUUAGCCAUUCGCUCCGACGAAGGGCUAACACUCGAAACGUCAGCUUUCAAAAUCUUUACGGCGGCUAAUUUACGUUAUUAAGUCAGUUGUUAAUACCAAAUUACCCUGUUAUACUCUCUCACCGACGCACACCACAGUUUCUUUUGAAACUUAUCCCCUUUAUAGAUUAGACUUCCCCAAUUGCGAUGAUACUCCUGACAGCGAUUGUAACCAUGUUAUUGUAGGUGAACGUAGAGGGCACAAGGAACAUCGUAGAAAAUCUAGGGGACGAUCAGCAUUUGAUCUAUGCUUCCACUGGGUCAUGCUACGGAGCUGUUCAGAAUGGCGUAUGUGACGAAGAAACACUGAUCUCCCCCUUAACCUUGUACGGACGAACAAAAGCUGAAGGAGAGAAACUGGUGUUGGACGCCGGAGGGGUUGCGCUUCGCUUGGCCACUGUGUUCGGUGUGUCCCCCCGUCUCAGGCUCGACCUUCUGGUAAACGAUCUUACUGACAAGGCUCUAAGGCUCCGACACUUCGAUCUGUAUCAGGGUGGGUUUCGCCGCACUUUCCUUCACGUAAAAGAUGCUGCCAGAGCAUUUGUGUUCGCGGUGGAAAACUAUAAGAAAAUGGCAGGGCAGGCUUUCAACGUUGGAGACGAAAACAUGAACUUGUCCAAGUCUGAUGUGGCCUGCAUCAUCCAAGAGUGUGUACCUGGCUGCCUCAUAACGCAAUCUAACAACGGAGAGGACAAGGACAAAAGAGAUUAUGAAGUGUCCUACAAGAAGGUCAGAUCUCUGGGUUACCACGCCACGAUAUCAGUGGAGGAAGGUGUCAAGGAACUAAUGAAAUUCUUACCAUGUCUUAGUGAAGACGAAAUCGAAAAAGCGAGGAAUAUAUAGUGAUAAAAGAUAAUGGUUAGAAUCACCUCUUAAUAAUUUAACUGCCUAGGUGUGAUUUCCAACUCUCAGUUCUGUGUUUAGUCUUUCCCUUUUAAGUUCGUCACAAGAACAGGGUAUAUUAUUUCUGGCUUACUAGUAGUAUGGAAAAACACGAUUAGAGUUUUCUUAUAGGAAAUUAAGGAUCUUUUUUCAAACGAGGUGUUGAUUUCAAUAAUGUUGUAUUUAUUUCAUUAAGAAAAAUAUUAUACGAAGUGAAAUUAGUAAGUGAAUUUAGUGAGCAUUUCGCAAUGAGGAUGUUACUUUUAGCAUUUUAAUUGCUCAAUAACUAAAUUUGUUUACAAGACUAGUGACUUUCCUAGAGCACCCUCUCGACUGUUGGUUGAGUAUAACCACGCCCUCGAGAUAUUCUGUAUGAGAGCAGUUUGCGCUGGUCAUAGACAAGCGCCAUCUCGACAAUAUGGGUCAUUUUAUAUUAGAGAUAGUAUAUUAGCAAAAACAAAUAGUCAAUACAUGUAUAAAGCGGGAUAUAUAGGCGUUGGCAGUAUCUAAUCAAGAUCUGCUUUAACUUAAUCAGCAAGGGCGAACUGCGCCUCACUUAUACUCCAAGGAAUCUCAGGUCUCAAAAUCACUUGUGUUCUGUCAUAAGAUCAUGUUAGUGUUUUUAAUUUAGUUAUUUAGAUCUAAAUGAGCUUCAUGGAUAGAAGGAAAAUGCGCACCACUCGUUGCCAUUCGUGCGCUUAGAAAACGCUAACCAAUCACAAACCAGAUAGAUCAGUUCGGAUCGCGCCCUUAGUGGCCGUCUUCUCUGUUUUUGUCAGCGACUGUUGGUCUUCCUUUUAUCUCAGUAUUAUCCCGUUGGGUUUUGAUUCAAGAAUUUCUAAUUAAUUUUUUAGCUCUCUCUCUUUCCUGUUAAGUUAACAUAUUGAUAUGCACAGGAAAGAAUUAACCACUGACAGUGCGUGGGAUAAGCGAAACAGCUAAACAAGUAACGUUUCCUAUUGUUUUCCUUGUUCUCAAAUAUUUAGUUUGUAAAUAUUAUCCCAGUCAAGAUAUGUUUGGGUUACACGGUUGUAUUCUCACUGAGCUACUCAAAGUUAAAUAUGACAAAGUUGCAUCGCAGAACAAGAUUCAGCACGGUGAAAUUUUCUUUUAUAAUGUUUCAGUUUCCAAGGUUUCAUUGAGUGGGACCAACAGAUUUUGAAGUGAAUUAUGAAUGAAGUUUACAUUCACGAAGAAAACCUGUCGUACCAGUCAGUCUACUAGUCCAUUCAACGCGUCUUCAGCAAACUUUUAAAUAUUUUAGUAUGUGUUCGUCGACUUGACAUUGGUUUGUCAUGAAUUUAACAUGAAUGACAAAGCAACUUGAUGUAAAUGUUCAGAGUAUCAUUCAUCGGCACAACAUAUUAAAAAACUACUAAAUUAUCCUUAACUCAAACUCAGAAGCAAUUAAAAGUUGAAAUUAAACUUGCAAUAGAUGUCUAUCACAUUGUGACACGGAUUUUCUCAAACUUCGCUUUCCUGUUCAUGGGGAUCGCUCGCUUGUCCAUUAUCCUUGAGAAAUUUGACAUUAGAACAAACAUUCUCCAUAAUUUCCCGAGUUCUCUUCAGGAUUUUGCCGUCAGUUUUCAGUUCACCCCUAGCUAUCAUGAAUACAUUGUUAUUUUCCGCCAUUUAGAGUUUCAAGUAUUUUUUCAGUAGUCGGCUUACGAUCAUGUCACCUCUUGCCAUCCAAAAAAUACAUAAACAAAACAACACAAACCUGAUCGCUAGUUUUAAUCGGCCAAACACUGAUGAAGUAAAUAUUCCUGGUUGUUCAGAAGACAUCACGGGUAAUAGAGCGUAUUUACUGAAUUUAUUACUGGAAAUACAAUAUUUCUGUCGUCGAAGAACUUGAAAGCCUCUCUCAUCAGCUUAUGGUAAUUUUGGGUUUCGUUGGGGAUGCAGAAGGGAAGCUCCAGGUAACCAGAUUUGAUAUGCAAUCUUGAAAAGGAACUAUCUCUAAGAUAAAUCAAGAAAUACUUCACGUUUAGAAAGAAGGGUAACUACCGAUUGAUCCUUAAAACCUGCCUCGUUUAGGAGAGAUAUAUUUUGUACCGACUUCAAUAUUGCAUGACCAUGAGCUUGCGUGACAAACCGAAGGCCAAAAGUAAACACCACGAGAGGUUCUGCUGACGCUUCCAGCAAAAUAGCGCAGCUUGCCUUAUAUUGUGGUGAAAGUUAUUCUAUGUAAGGAAGAAUCAAAGACUCAAGGAGUGCUUUUAAUGCCAGAAGUUAUGAUUACUUUAUUUCAUGUUAUUUCACAAACUGAGACAGGCGUGACGGACUGCACGAUGCUUUCAUUCAAACCGGUUUUUUUACACGUGAUUGGGUCGUGCUACUCACAACAAUAAACGGUACGUAAGCUCGUAAAGCCACUGAUCGAGCGUAGUUGUGAAGGUCUGUCACAGGGUCUGGUACUACUCGCUCACAUAGCUAAUAAUUUUAACUUGCGCUACAAAAUGCUUUGUGGAGUGAAUCGACUGAGGUUUGUAUAGAAUGUUUUUAUGUUAGGGUUUCAAAAUUGUGAUAAAAAUGUUUCUUCGGCUAGCAAACUUUAUUUUCAUAAGUUACACAAUCGAUUGAGUGCUCAGUAAGCACGGUUACGUAUGAGUUUGAAACCAACAGCUUUUUCUUUAAAGCUGCUGAAUAUUUUCCGUAGUUAUAACUCUGUAAAACAAGCUUAAAGCUAUUAUCAAGUGGUUUUGUUUUGCUGGUCUGACGGCCAGCCCGCCGUAAUAGAAUUUUACCCUACACCCGAAAACUAAUAAGCUUUUAAACUUACAUGUUAAUGCAACUUUUGUAGUACACUUUAAAUGAAAUGCGUUUACUCCGUCAAGAUCUCCUUUCUUUCUAAAUUCAACACAUAGCGCUUUUAUUAAAAAACCGCUUGCAAAUCAGCAAAAAUUUAGCUCGGUAUGACCUAACAGGCAAUCAGGGAUUUAAUUUUAUGACGAAUUUUUCAGACGAAAAAAUUCACUCGAAAAUUAACUUGUUUUUUCUGCCUAUGGAAAAAGAGUCCUCGAAUAUGGUUAAAAUUGCGAGGAAUUGUUUCUUCGCAAGCCUGAUAUGCCUAUAAUGAGGAGUAUAUGUUGUUAAGGAUGAUGUUUGAUGUCACUGGGAUGUGAUCGAAGUCAAAACAUCUUGAAAUUUAAAAGGUGAUUGACGGAAGUAUUUUAUUUUCAGUUUCGAGUUUAUUAAAACCUGUGAAAAAUUCAUGCGUGGGGCUGAAAAUUGUGUUUCGUACGUCAUAGUUUAAGGAAAUAAGAUCAAUAUCUUUUUAUUUUGCCACUGUGAUUAUUUUUAACCAUUCUGGAAAUUUCAAAGUUGUAAAUCACAUUUCAACUUGUAGAAACUUCUGUCCACUUGAAAAGUUAGUGAAACCCUGGACAACUUUACAAGUUGAUGAAUGUUAAGAAAUAAUAUUCAAAUCGAUGUCUGUUGUACAAUCUUUGAUAGAAAGAAAAAUAUAAAGAUUUCAAAUUGUUUUUAUUUUGCUUUGUUCAUAAAUUGAAUAGCAAAGGUGAAGUUUAAAAUUUUCUGGAGAACUAUUGUGGUAAAAUAUUGUAAUUAGUUGUGAAUUUCUACCAACACCUUCCUUGGUGUCUGCAAUAAACAAUCCUUCAUUAAACUCUGAAGAAUCAAACUGACUUUGUUUGUAAUUUUGAAAUAAAUUUGAAAAUUGAGUAAACUUUGUCAGACCAGAUGUUCACACUAUUGUGAAAUCUGCACUUUACCCACGUAGCCUGGUGAGAGAAAUUCUGGCACCAGUAGAUGUUUGUAGAAAAAUUAAUUAAAGAGGCACCAGGACUCUGUUGCUUUAAAUCAUUGUUAAAAUGUGAUUUCCUUGCUAAUAGCUUUAGUUGUUGCUAGCCAUAACUUUUUUCAAAGGAUGGGCAAUGGUUAAUCUCAGCAGUAAAUACAGCCAGUGAAUAGCAUUCUUUUUUAUUUUUUAACAAUUGUUUGGAUUCAUUUGACAAUGAUGUAGGCUGCAAACAUGAUUAUGUAAUAAUUUUAAAAUAACUGGGUCAAGGGAUAGACUAAGGAAUUGUAAGGAUGAAGUACAAUACUUUGUCAACUGUGGAUCAAUUUACAUGUAAUGCACAUCAUCCAAAGUCCAUAUUUUUUAUCAGACAUUCAAAACAAGGUACCAUCAUUAGCUGCCAAAGAUUGGGAAAUUCUCCAGCUAAUAUUUUACAGCCCAGCCCCUUUUUUUUUUUUUUCAAAAUUCUCCCACCACCCACUUUUCUUGCAAAUGAUAGCUCUUUCAAAAUCUUCAAACAAAACAGAUUUAUAAGCUCUUUGGCAGAAAGAGAACCUUGCUUCUGAAAUUAACUUGUUUUUCAUCUCCAAAUGAAAGUAAAAAAAUAUGAGAGACAAUAAGCUUCCAUGAACAUUAAACAGACCAAAAAUGAACUUAUUAAUUUGGUGCAAAAACUUAACGUUUAAACAGUUUAUCUUGUUUUUAUUUUAGUUUGGAAAGAAUUUCUGCCCGGUGCAUUUUGUCCAGGCAUCUGUCAAGUGCACAGACCAAAGCAGCCCUAAAACCAUUUUACUUUGCAGUUCAUCCUGAUCUUUUUGGCCAGUAUCCAAUGCAGAGGGUAAGAGAAACUAUUCAGCAACACUUAACUCUUAAAGUUAACUUGUAACAAAAUUUUUUAGAAUAUUUGAAAUGGUUGAUGACUAGAGGUUUUAAGCUCAAAGGGGAUCCUAUGUUAAGUUAGGGUGAACGCAGGUAGUGUUGUCAUGGCAAGUAUCACAAGGUGAGGUUAUUUUGUUAUCACACCCUUGGUCAGAUACAUGAUUUCAUGUGAUGACCUAGUGAUCAGUUGGCUCAAGUUUAGGAUGUUACAGAUACAGUAGGUUUUGUCACAGCAUGAUAAUAUUGUAAGCACAGGAAAAGCUGUUAUCACACACAACUGUGUCUCUUCUAAGAUUAGGCUUUGACCCUUUUUCUAUCAAGAUCUGAUUAUUAAUUUUCCCCUCCAGCUGCUAAACAUUUCCAUGUAAAUUCUCCAACUAUGCCCCCUGACACAAAUAUUAAAACACAGUUUGUUUUUUGGCACAGAGAGAAGUUUAUUAGGAAUACAAACAAAAAGAAAAAAAAGCUAAUGAUAUAUAAUAAACCUCUCUGCCACCCUAUGACAUCACACAAAAUCACCCAGGAUGGGAGGGUGGGUGGGAAGAAAAAUGAAACAGUACAAUACAAAAUCUCUGGCGUAUGCUUAAAGUGAAAACUGAUGUGAAAUGAAACACAAAACUCUUAGAGCCUGAUACCAGAGGGUGUGUAUUGCACAAUUAAUCUCUCUGAACACAGGCUUGUCCAAAGGGGGUAAAUUGGUUACAAGUAUUUGGUGUUCGAUGAAGACAACAACUUCUACCUGAUCGAUUAUUAAGUAUUCUCAUGACCUGUUUGCUAGAUAAUGUUUGGAUGUUAUAUAGGAAGAAGUUACAUUUUAAUCACUUCUGUAUUUAAGGUGGGGAUCUUUUAAUGCCUCAACUUCUCACUGGGCUAAGUCAUUCCCUUCACAGCUUCCUUCCAUGUUUAUGUAAAUUAACCAACAGAUUUUGGUGUCGCACAAGUGUAGACUUUGUUAAGUUUGUCAAUUUUCAACACUUAUCAGUUGUGUGGUGUAUUAAAAUUUUAAAGAAAAGUUGCUGCAGGUACAGUUAUUUGUUAGUUGAAGGAGGGGAUAUCCUCAGGCCAGUUGUUUAAUGGCAGAAAGAUUUUCAUACAAAUUAUACUUUUUUGGUUUAUUUUCAGUCAAUAAAUGAAGAUUCCUUGAAGAGGUUGAACUCAUACCUGGAAGAUCUGCAGAAGAAAAAUCCUGUGAAUCCCACACACUUGAUGUUCUAUUUAAAAAAUGAUACAGCAACACCACCACUUGAAGAGGGUAAGGCAUAUUAAAACUUAGAGGUCUGUGAUGAUGAUGUAAAACAGCAUUAUAUGUUUCUGUUAUAGAGUUUCUCCUCCAUUGUGAAAUGUUAUAAUUUUUGACUUAAUAUUUUGGUCAUUGCACAGUUAAUUCAUACUAUCCUAUAGUUAGUCCAAUGGUGUAGGGGAUUCCUCAGGGGUGCCCAUGACCCCUCCCCCUUCCCCUUGUAAGCAUUUUUUAGUCCUAUAAAUUAAAACACAGCAUGGAAGUCAACAUGAUGAUCUGUUUUAAAAGUAACCUCUGUUUUACACAGUGUGACCGCCCUUUGAAAAAUCCUGGCUAUGCCCCUGAAGUCCUCUAUUGUUUCAUUUUGUGUUCCUUCUUUUAUUUGUGUAUUACCUCUCAAAUCAGGAAAAUGUUAUAAUGUUAUCCCAUGCAAGGGCAGUAGAGUCCUUAUAGCCCAAGGGCAGCACAGUCAAAUGUUGUUUAAAGAAGAUUGCCAAUGUGAGGGUGUUGCCUAGAGUUGUUAUACAAGUCCAACAUCUUAUACUAAGAUUUUGGAAUUUAUAAUUAUUGAUAAAUUAUUAAUUGUUUGACAUGUGAUUGUUAGGGCUGGAUCUCUUCAAGACGGUAAGAGUUUCACUUUUCUCUCGUGAUGUCCAGUUCACCAUUAGUCACAUUUUGAAGACCUGUGGUAUGUUGGAGGAUUUGGUUACUCUGCACCAGAACAGUGAAAAACCUAAGGUGUCAGUUGCACUUCCCUAUGAUGCACCACAUCACUGGCUUAACGUUUAUAAACAGUUCAGUGACAGGCAGAGCCCUUUGGACCUUGCUCAAUUGCAGAGAAACUCACGACUCUCUUUGAGAGACUUCCUUGACAAGAACAUCCAAGAUGCCAGGGGAAAACAAGAAAGUAGUAAAUCUGUCAUAGAGGAGAGUAAACUGCUUUCUGAUAAGAUAUGUAAAGAACUCAUGUUGAACAAGCUGGAGUCAAUCAGUGGCUGGAGUCAUGCAUCCUAUCAUGGCUCCCUUAAAAACUUUUGGAACCUUUGCUUGUCCAAGAAGUCUGAACUUCAGAAUCUCAAGGGACAUACAAUAAUUUUUACAGACUGGACAGGAGUUGAUCCUCUUGGGCGUGUCAUGUUGAAUACUCAAGAUGUUCCAGAAUUUUGGCUCUCGGUAAGUUAAAGAAGUAGCAGCACAACUUUUAUGGCCUUGUGGCAGCAACCACCCAAGCUUAUUCUACUCUUUUAGGUUGAAGACAUAUUUGAAGUCAUGCUAGAUUGCAUGCCUGUCAAAAAGAUUGAUGAAACCUUUAGUGGUUUUGAAUGCUUGUCGAAAGAGGUGUUCAUUGGUCUGGACAUGGUUUUUAAAUGCAAAACUAUUGGGUAGCAAUUUAAUUUGAGUGAAAAAACAAGAUUGAGUGAAAACACUUUUUUUUUAAUUCACCCCCUUUUGGCUGCUCACAGAACCCACAGCUCUUGAGUCUUGAGCAUGAAACUCACAUGGACAAAUUCAAUCUGAUGCUCUCAUGUUGAAACUAUCACUUCCUUUUCAGAACUUAACAUCCUUGGAAGACUAUGACGUUCUUGUUGAUCAGGUACCUAUGUGGGAGAGAAAACUAUCCUCAUUACUUGGAGACAUGAACAUCAAAUACAAUGAAGAUUCACCUUCUGUCUCAGUUGUGGAAUAUCUAAACUACCUUUACCGAGUGGUUUCCUUGCUGAAAAAAGGAUUACUUGGAGCUGAUGCUUCAACAACCAUUCAGCCAGGGGAAUUUAAAGUGUGUACUGCAAGAAUCCUGAGGUUUGUUAGUUUUUGUGUCACCAGGUCAUUACGAGAAAAAUUGAAAAGUUUUUGUGCACAAAUUGUCAGUGGGGAAAGAGAUUAUAAAUUUGAACAAGGAUCAGAUUACUGGCAACUCAUCCAUUUCCAACAGACAUGGAACAUGUCAAACAAUUCAAGCAUUUCUAUCAAGAAUUUGUCGAUUUGGGUUGACAAUGAAAAAGGAAUGCCAGGCAAACCUUACCAUGGGCCUGUCACUGGCAUCCCAUGGAAAAAAAGGUUAUGUCACAUUAUUUGAGUCUUAUCUUGAGCCUGACAAAACUACAGUGCUUAGUGCUUAAAAGUAAGCCAACUCCCUCAAAACUCAACCAUUGAUCCUCUGAGUUGAGAAUGGAGACAAUUGAGUCAAGUUUCAAGAUGUUCAAAACUCGUUUUGAACUUCCUGAAAUGAGGAAACAAAGGUGUUAGUUGGAUUAGUCUGAAGCAUUGAUAGGAAAGGCAAUGAUUUUAAAUCUGUAGAAGGAAAAAGGAUGAAUAUAAUACAAUCAAGCUAGAAAAUAAUUUUAAAAUGGAUAAUUUUUUAGCAAACUAAGUGAUUAAAAAUUGUUACAUUUUUUUUAGCCCUUCAGAUGCACUCAGCUUGUCACUUAGUGGUGAGUUCCAAAUACCAACUUCAAUUCCAACAGAGUUAAUUGUGGAUUUUUUGGGAAAGCACAAACAGAAGGCUAUGGACCUCCAUGAAGAGAACAAAAAGUAUGGAAACUUAUUUAUCAUUAAAACCUGACUGCAGUAUUUAUUACAAGUCAAAUGACUAUCAAAUUAAAAAAAAAAUGUUAUUCUUUGGUAUAAAGUCUACUUUGUCUUUGCCAGCAAUCUAUGAGCCUUAUACCUCUACUUAAUCAAAAAUAUACAUACAGUAGACCCUAACUAACUCAAAUUUCCAAGGGAAACAAAAAAGGUUCCAGUUUGUUGCAUUCAAGGUAGCUGAUAGUAAAUGACUGGGAAAAAAGUCACCAGGAUGUUUGAGGCUGUGUUUGAGUUAGCGGGGUUCUACUGUUGCCUACAUUUGUACAUGUGAUAAGUGCUUUUAAUCUGCACGAGAAAGAGUGACAUUAAAUUAUUGGUGUGCUGGGGUCAGGGGGGCAGUUGUAAUCCUAUUUGCUGUAUGCUGAAAAGAAAAGGAUAAAGUCUUGCAAUGUGUGCCACUUUACAGGGCUCAAAACAUGGCUUUGAAUUUUUCAUCUUAAACUACAUGCUAAAGUUGUAAAUUUGCUGAUGUUUAUUAUGUAUCGUUUUUGUUUCCAGGAACAUAUUAACAGAGGAGCAAGCAGUCCAGUCAUGUAAAGAGAAAUUUCAGUUCUCCUCUCUGUCUAAAGACAGCUCUGUUUCACCAAUGCAGAUGAGUGACUGCUGUGAGAGACUUCUUGAGGAAGAUUACCCUGAUCUUAAAAAUACAACCCUCAUUGUUUCUAAAUAUUACCAUGUUAAUGAAGAUGGUCAAAUCAGUAUUCCAUGGAACUGGAAGUGAAUCUCUUACUUGGAUGGGAGACAUAUUUGUUUUCAUUUGGCCCUUUUUCUCUCAGGAGUGUCCAAAAUGGAAAUUGCUACAUACGAUUAUUAUAAAUAUGUUAUUCUCGAGACAGGCAAUAACUAGAGAAUUUGUAAUUCAGUCAAUUAAGUAACCCCUAAUUGACAGAUCUCUUUAUUCUCACCUCUUGUCUUCUUGAUAUUGUAGUGAUAUGGCUGGGAGAAAUUCACUCUUGGUAACUCAUGGUGGUUGAAGUUUUAAUUUAAACUAGCAGAUAAAAUUAUAAGGGCUGAAAUAAUGAUAAAUUUAUGGCUGAUAGAUGGAUCUUGGGAGUGAAAGGGUAAAUGCAGGACAAUUUCUGACUCUAUUUUCAUUUGUAUAAAAAUAAAUAAACUAAUGUAUUAAAUAAUGACUGAUAAGUCAUAUCAUUUUUAAGGGCCUAUAUACACACAUAAAACACCUUAGACAGUGUACUAAGUGAAUGAUGUGGGUUUGAUAGUAAGUAAUGAAUCAAUGGAUGGAGAAAUGUUACUUAUUAAAAUAAAUUCUGUAAAUAUUGAUGGGAAAAUGUAUUAAAUUUAAAUGAUAAUAUCCUCCUUGUAAGUUAAGGGAAUUUUCAAUCACACAAAAGGAUGGAGUUUUAACUUAAGGAUUCACAAUUGAGUCUUACUUGUGGUGAAUAUUUGCGGUAGAUUUUAUUUAUUAUGAAUCCAGUGAAUACUGAACUGAUAAGUAUUCUAGAAGUAUGCUCUGUAAGUUAAUGUUAGACAUUUUAAGUUAUAUAACUUUUUGAUAAUUAUUAUUAGAUGUGAAAGAGUAGUUUUGAUAAGUGGUUCAUAUGCACUUUUUUUUAAGGUUUGGAUGCAGUAAAUAUCGGAAAAUGCUAAGUAAGAAUUGAUUAACAUUCAAAUUACCUCCUCAAGACCCUAACAAUUCUGGAACAUAUAUUUUUAAAACUGAUCUCAGUUAAUUUACACAUGUCAUGUCCUAUUUUUAUAAUUGUCAUACUGUGACAGUAUUGGAGGAUGAACAAUUUAAACCAGCAUUUGCUUAGUUUAAAAUUUCUUUUUGGUUUUUUUCCUUUGUGUGUGAACCAAAUCAUCUUAGGACCCCCUGGGAGCCCACAGAGAGCAGCUGCAUCUAUUUUGGUUUAAUUUGAUUUCAGGGCCCUUUCCUGCUGAGUUUUAAUUAUUUCUUGGGUUCUAUAAUAUCACCUGUAGUCAUAGCUUUCAUUUGAUGGAGGUACAAAGUUUAUUUUCAUUUCAGUUUCCUGGAGUAAACAGUUGUUGUUCAAACAUGGAGAAAUCUUAUUUUAUUAAUAACAAUAUAUUACUAUAAAUUAUCAUUAUUUAUUCUAAUAGUUAAAAUAGGAUUACUGAUACUUAUUUAAUGGUUAUGUGCCAAUCAAUUCUGUAAGCUUCAACAUUCCCCUUGUGCCAUGGGCAACCCACAGGCAUUUGACCAUCAUCUGUGCCCAGGGGGUGGAAUAUUUGAACCUUGCCUUGAGAGGUUGGGGAAUUUGAACCAGAGGUGUCAAGUCUUUUGAGCAGAAUCUAAGUUUUACAUAUUUAAAUACAAAGGUGUGUAUGGCAAAUAGUUCACUCUCAUGGGCAAAUGGUUCAAAAGAAAAGGUUUACAAGGUCUAGGUUUUAGAGCUUGGUUAAUGUUUAGAGUCACAGUUGCUGAUUUUGCCUUUUAACAACCAAAAAAAAAAUUGGGCCGAGCAUUUGACCACAAUUGUGAAGACAACUAAAAUUUCUCUCAACAGGAAAUCUCCUCACAAAGUUGCUCACCUCAAAAAAGACACUUUCUGAUUGCUCACUAAAAUUUCUCUCAACAGGAAAUCUCCUCACAAAGUUGCUCACCUCAAAAAGACUUUCUGAUUGCUCAUUAAA